AAUGACACACAUUUCAAGUUAAAAGCACUUUUUUAUUCAUUAGGAAAUCAGGUUAUGAAAAUAAUGACAACUAACCGUAUAUCAGACAACUGUAUCUUUCCAUAUGUUUACAACAGAACUUUGCGAGGGAGGGGGUGACAUCUCACUGUCCACAGAGCAGAACUCUCUUCACCUUGUGCUCGAUGUGUGCUCUGUCCCGUCCUUGAAGUUCCCACUGUUCUUUCACACUUAAAAAAAAAAGAGUCUCUUUCCCAUUGUUCACACUCGAGAGCUAUCAAUCUGUCAAUCCUUUCCGUGUCUGAAGGGAUGUGCACGUAGAAAAAAGAAACACACACUGACGCAAAUCUAUAUACAAUGAGAUGUCACAACACUCGCCUCAUACUUUACAUGCAGCUAAAAACACUUUUCAUCCUCCACUCAACCUUAUGCAUCCUGAAAUGAGGCUGUGACAGGCGGCUUCAAGCCCACAACAAUUUAAUCCAGUCUUUCACUAUAAAACACAUUCAAAUCGACUAAUCAUAGGGACAGACGUUAGUAAAAACACUUAUGGAGUACGUGUGUAUCUGUAAUGGUCGAUGUUAGGAUCAAGUAUAUUCAUCUUGGCCAUCAAGAUGAGGGUAGGUGCCACAAGAGCAGGAUUUACCACACCCACUUCCUUCUGCAUAUUCAUUUCCUGUCCACCAGCUGAUGAACUUCACUAAAUUAAGUCGCACAGACGCGGGGACAGGAAGAGGCAUCGGAAAAAACACUUAAGGCUUAAUUCGUAUCAUUUGGCGCUGCUAACGGUAAGUAGCGGUUUUAUUCCUCUCCGUAUUGGAACGUCGAAAGAUUGGCACUCACUGUCCGCAGUCAUUCAAAGCCACAACCUUCCUCAUCACUCAUAUUGCAUUUCGUUCAGAUAAAACAGGAACUAUAUUACAUUGUAAUGUCCGAUUGAGAAAAGAACAAGAUUUCGUCAAACCACAAGAAUAUUCCGAAACUUCUUGUUCUAUAAAAACAAAAGCGUUACAGCUGGAAUGAGCAACACAAAACACUUACUGCCCCCACCCCCCCUCUCUCCCACACCACUGCUGUGUGCUUCUUUGCCAACGCAACAACAUGGAACUGAACUGAGCUGGAUCACAGGAAUCAGGGAUCACAUGGGGGUGCAGCCGUAACCUGUAGAGCUGCCCUUCCGUGCUGGUGGCGGAGUUUCUCUACGAAAACCAUCCUGACCAGUGGACGCUAAAGGUGUGAGAGCUCGUUUGAAACGGGUUAGUGUUUGGGUUGACUACGUCGGUCCUGUUCUAUAGCACAAGUGUUUGACAGACCAAAACUAACAGUCGUUAUUGUUGGGACUGACAAAGUAAAAAAUAAGUUAAGGGCACAGUGUAGUAUUAAACCUUUAACCUCCUGUUCCUCCUCUAUCUGCUGUCCUUCGUUUAAGGAGCUAGACGUUCUGUCAAAGCCAUCAAGCGACUGUACCUCAGCUGGCAUCCUGACAAAAAUCCUGACCACCAGUUUCUAGCCACUGAGGCAUUCAAAUACUUGAUGAGACGAGUUGAAGAGCUCAGCACAGGCAAAGGCACAACCGGAGGCGCCUCCUUUUCAGGGGGUCACCGGGAUUUCAGAGACUUCUACCAGCAAUGGGAUCAAGAGGCACGGCAUCACCGAAGUAAUCGAGCGGGAUUCUCUGGUGGCGGUUUUUGGACCAAUAAUGGAAAUGUCCCACAGCCGAACAAAGAGGAGGCUCAGCGCUGGUGCAGACAGGCUCGCUGUGAUCUCAAUGCAGCCAACAAUGACACCUGUGGGGGCAGCACAGAAUGGUGUUUGUUCAAAGUCCAUCAAGCAGUGGAAAAGUCUCUUACAGCCGCAGAGUAUAAAAAGCACGGCCGUCCUGUCUCCGGCAGCUCCAUCUCAGCCCUUGCCACACGAGUUUCUGGCUACAACCUCCAACUGAAAGAGCUGCCUCAAAUAGUGCAAAAUUUGCAGAUACUGGGAGUGGACGCCAAAAAGACUCAGUAUCCCAACUGCCAUCGGUAUCCACACAUUCCCAAUGGACAGUUCAAAUCUGAGAAUGAAAUGUAAGCACUGGAGAAAGCGCUUGAGCUCCUCAAUGCAGUUGAGGCAUAUGUGAAUUAGCAAUUCGAGUCAUGUAAUGCUGAGAACGCAAAUUCUAAGUCUUUAUGUUUUUUUUUAAAGUCUCUCUUUUUAGAGUAAUUUCCCCAUAUGAUUUGUUACUGAAAUGUAAAAUAACUGAGAUUUGUGCCCGGUUGUAAACGUUUGACGUCUCACAGAGGAUCAGUACAUUCAUUAUCAUUCAUAACAUCUCAUUAGGGUUCAGCACUGUCACCAUACAACUUAUGUCAUGAAAAAUGCAGAUAUCAAAUAAUUGUUGUUAUGAUGUCAACAUGUAUGAAUACUUACUAAGGACGAGUAUAAUCACUCUUCUACUUUGUUAUGUUCUAUUAGUGUCAAUAACCACUCACUGAGGACCAAUAUACAGUGAUCAAUGUGUGACUGUUAUGACAGUGUUCCACAUUUAUGGCUUCUGUCUGUGGGUCUGUUCAUCCAAUGUACUUUAUGUUCUAUUAAUGUUUUUAGGUUCUCACUGAGCAUAAAUAUACAGUGAUCGAUUUAUGUCAUGAAAAUACAUGUUCCUUUUCAUUUUUGUUAACUUUAAUAGCUACUUGCGGAAAACCCAAGUAAUCGCUGUGACACUUUGUUUUGAAAAUGCAAGUGCAAAAGUUUUCCACGUAUAAUUUUGAAAUAAACUUCUGUUUCAGUUGAAUCACCUUUUUCCUGUUAAAAAAACGAAUAAAAAUUAAAGUACAAUAAAGGAUGAAAAGUUUA